AUGAAUAGAGAUCCCUUUUUCAGCAACAGUAAAAGGCGCAAGAAGAAUGAAGAUGAAGUUAUCGAAUCUGAGGAGGAGGAGGAUUUCAACGGAGGAAUGCUUAAUGGUGGAGGAGAAUCGGGGGAGGAGGAGGAGGAGGAGCAGGAGGAAUUGGUACCGGAGGAGACGGCGGGAGAGAAGAGGCAGCGGAUCGCGAAAGCGUUGGUAGAGAAGCUUCGAGCGAACGAGAAGGAGCUUGAGGAUGAGGAUGAUGAGGAGGGAGAUAGAGAGUUUGAGAAGGAAGGUGAGAGGGAUUCUUCUGUGGCAAAGAAAUUGAUGCAGCAACAGCUUGAGGAUAGUGGUCGUUUGAGGAGAGCCAUUGCUUCUAGAAUGCUUACAUUCACGAGUACACCUAGGGUUCAAAAGCCAGAGAGUGUUGAUGGAUUUGAGGUCUUGGUGAAGCAUCGGCAAUCUGUUACUGCUGUAUGCCUUUCUGAUGAUGACUCAAAGGGCUUUUCUGCUUCCAAAGAUGGCAUGAUUUUGCAUUGGGAUGUUGACAGUGGAAAGGCUGAAAAGUACCAAUGGCCUAACGAGGAUAUACUAAGAUCCCAUGGGGCCAAGAAUCCAGAAGGUCGAGCAACUAAGCAUAGCAGGAAUGUUUUGGCAUUGGCCGUUAGCACUGAUGGUCGGUAUUUGGCAAGUGGGGGCUUGGACCGGCAUGUUCAUUUGUGGGACACUCGUACACGAGAACAUAUUCAGGCUUUCCCAGGUCAUAAAGGCCCUGUCUCAAGUUUGACUUUUAGGAAAGGGAGUUCAGAACUUUUUUCUGGUUCAUUUGAUCGAUCAAUCAAGAUAUGGAAUGUAGAAGAUAGAGCUUACAUGAGCACAUUGUUUGGUCACCAAAGUGAAGUGUUAACAAUUGAUUGUUUGUGGCAAGAACGAGUGCUGGCUGUUGCACGUGAUCGGAGCAUGCAAUUGUUUAAGGUCCAUGAUGAAUCAAGGCUGAUAUUCCGUUCUUCUACGUCGUCGUUAGAGUGUUGUUGUUUUAUUGACAACAGCGAAUUUCUGUCUGGAUCAGAUGAUGGAAAUAUUGCUCUUUGGGGCAUACAAAAGAAGAAGCCUGUGUACAUUGUUAAGAAUGCUCAUGCUUUGUCGACUGAUGUCAAUAAUGGUGAACUGAAGGAUAGUGGAAGAAAUUACAAUGGUCAUAUUGCAUCUUCCUGGGUAAGUUCCCUGGCUGUAUGUAGAAGCAGUGAUCUUGCUGCAUCUGGAGCUGGGAAUGGUUCUGUCCACUUAUGGGCUAUUGAAGGUUCUGGCAAAGGCAUUCGGCCCUUGUAUGAUCUUCCAUUGAUUGGGUUUGUAAAUUCCCUGGCAUUUGCAAAAUCUGGAAAAUUCCUUGUCGCUGGGGUUGGACAGGAACCUCGCCUAGGAAGAUGGGGAUGCAAUUCGGCAGCUCGAAAUGGUGUUGCAAUUCAGCAGUUGAAGCUUUUGUAG